AUGAAUUUGUUUACAUUCUUAAUGAUACUUUCAGAAAUUUUGAAUUCAUACUGUAAACUAUCCGGUUCGCUAUUGACCCAAACACGUCGCAGUUUGAAAUGUGAUACUCGUCCUGAACAACAAGAUUAUAGAAUAUAUAAAGUUGACAAUGAUGGGACACGGUUAGGCGAUGUGAUGCCGUAUUAUGAUUUAGAAUCUGAUAUCUUUUACAUCUAUUAUCUCAAAGACAUUUGGAUAGAUUCAACGAAUCAACGUCAUCCUUGGCACGGUUUCAAAACAAAUAAUUUUUUGACGUACCAGCAACUUGAUGAAAUUAUCAGCUGUAGUGCAUACGCAUGUGAUCAAGAUUUUGCUGUCGGAAGUGGAUCGAUAUUGAAACGCGGUCAAGUCUAUUAUGCAUUUUACACCGGACACAAUCCAAAUUAUCCUUCAUCUUGUGUGAAAACAAAAGAAGGUAUUAUGCUAGCAACAUCGAAUGUUCCCAAUCAAAAAUUUAUCAAACAAUUUAAUUUUACAACCAUUUUUGCACCCAUACACCAAGACUUUGAUGGCCAAGAUAAUUUUCGAGAUCCAUUUGUAUUUGACGAUAAUGGAAAGUAUUAUAUGUUAGUAGCAGCGCGUAAAAAUGUUAACGGCAUUUGGCGAGGUGUUAUUAUCAAAUAUAUAUCGACAAAUUUGCUAAACUGGUCGUAUGAUGGAAUACUCUUCGAUGGUGGAGAAAUGAUUCAUUUUAUGAUGGAAACGCCUGAAAUAUUCAAAAUAGGACAAUACUAUUAUCUAAUUUAUUCAGAUAUUGAUUCAAAAUACCUCUAUUAUAGAAAAAGUACUUCGAUCGAUAAUAUAUGGCAUUCUCCUACAAGUAAUAACCGUUUUGAAGGUAUAGGUUUAUAUGCGGCAAAAACAACCGCAGACUCUGGCGGUAAUCGAUAUAUUAUUGGUUGGACAAAUGCUCUUAAAGGAAAUAAUGAUGAUGGGAAGGCAUUGUGGGGAGGCAAUAUGGUUGUGCAUGCGCUUUCUCAAAACAGCAACGCCGAUCUAACUGUUUCAUUGCCCAACUCCAUUCGAUCUUAUAUGGAGCAAAAGCAUUUUCCGUUAGUAAAACACAGUCAGUGGGGAACCGUACUAUGUACAACGUGUGAUACUCACUCGUAUAAUUUAGUCAGCACUUCAGUUAUGGAUAUUUCGAAUGUUAUUUUUGAACCGGUUAAUUUGGAUCGUUACAAAAUCAGUGCAACUGUUUCUUACUCACAUUCUGCAAAAGACUUCGGUUUUAUGGUAGGAGCUUGUGAUGGUUACAAUGAUUUUUAUAGUUUGAGAUUUAUUCCUAGCCAAAAUAGACUUAGCUUCGAUAAAGUAAAGCGUGCUAACUUAGAAGCAUUUGUUGAUGCAAUCAAUGAUGUUCCGAUUCACCUUUCUCCGGAUACCUAUUAUUCAAUUGAUAUUGUGAUAGAAUAUUCGAUGGUUAUUGUUUACAUAAAUACUGUGGGUGUUGCGCUUAGUAAUAGAAUAUAUAAAAUGACCAAUACAAAUUGGGGAGUUUUCGUUGAUAAUAGCAACGCAACCUUUCAUAACAUUGUUGUCCAUCAUCCCAAAGAUUAA